AUCAUAUCAUCUUCUCCACUAAUACUCAACUAUAUUAACACAUACUUUCUUUCUUAUAAACUACAUUUUCCGGAAAGGAAAGUGUACGUACGUAGUGUGUCAGAAAUCUCAGAGGGUGAGAAUCCCAAUGAGGAUCUUACCCGAACCUCGAGGUUCGGUUCCAUGCCUCCUCCUCCUCUUGUCCGUUGUCUUUUCCGCUACUCUAUCUCUGGCUCGCGUCGUCGAAGUUGUUGGUAACGCCGAGAGCAAGAUCAAAACCCCCCAUGCAUUCUCAGGACUCCGAGUGACGAUUGAUUGUAAGGUGAAUAAAGGGCAUUUUGUUACAAAAGCUUCUGGAAACAUUGAUGAAGAAGGAAAGUUCGGUCUGAAAGUUCCUACUCAUGACAUUGUCUCCGAGGAUGGAGCUUUAAAGCAGGAGUGUUAUGCUCAGCUUCACAGCGCUGCGGGAACACCUUGCCCGGCUCAUGACGGCCUUGACUCCAACAAGAUUGUGUUUCUAUACAAAACUGGAGACAAACACGUUUUGGGUCUCAAACAAACUCUCAAGUUUUCACCUGAACUUUGUGUUUCCAAAUUCUUUUGGCCUAUGCCUAAGUUCCCUCCCUUUAAGGGAUUUGAUCAUCAUUUCCCUUUACCUCCACCUUUGGAGCUUCCUCCUUUUCCUAAACCUUGCCCACCACCUCCGGUUCCAGUUUACGAGCCACCACCAAAGGUGGAGCUUCCACCACCUGUCCCGGUUCACGAGCCACCACCAAAGGUAGAGCUUCCACCACCUGUCCCGGUUCAUGACCCACCACCAAAGGUAGAGCCCCCACCUCCAGUUCCGGUUUACAAGCCACCUCCAAAGGUAGAGCACCCACCUCCAGUUCCGGUUUAUAAGCCACCUCCAAAGGUAGAACACCCACCUCCAGUUCCGGUUUACAAGCCACCUCCAAAGGUAGAGCACCCACCUCCGGUACCGGUAUACAAGCCACCAACAAUCCCCAAAAAGCCAUGCCCGCCUAAAUCACCAAAGAUCGAGCUUCCACCUCCAGUGCCAGUUCACAAACCACCGACUAAGAAGCCUUGCCCGCCCAAGCCGCCUAAUAAAGUUGAUCCACCACCGGUUCCAGUCCACAAGCCACCAAAGAAGCCGUGCCCGCCCAAAACACCAAAGGUCGAGCUUCCACCACCAGUACCGGUCUACAAGCCACCACCGAAGAUAGAGCAUCCACCAAUCUACGUGCCCCCGGUGAUCCCGAAGAAGCCGUGCCCACCCAAAGCGCCGAAGAUCGAUCCUCCACCGCCGGUUACGGUCUACAAGCCGCCACCGAAGAUAGAGCAUCCACCAAUCUACGUUCCACCGGUGAUCCCAAAGAAGCCGUGUCCUCCGCCGGUACCAAUCUACGUGCCACCGGUGGUGAUUCCGAAGAAGCCAUGUCCGCCACUUCCACCACUUCCAAAGUUUCCGCCUCUUCCUCCUAAAUACAUUCACCAUCCCAAGUUCGGCAAAUGGCCUCCGUUGCCGACUCACCCUUGAGAGUUUAAUACGUAUACUUGUAUGUAAUCAACGUGUUGCUUUUUAAAAAAAAUAUUAUCCUGCAUGUUUGAAAUUUGGUUUGUUUUGCGACUUUCAUCUUUUGUCUACUUAAUUUCUCUCUGAGUUUUAUGUGUAGACUGUUUGUUCAUCUCUUCCAGGAAUAAUAUGGUAAUGAUUUUCUCAAAAAAAAAUAAUGGUAAUGAUAACUCCUUUCUUCUUUGUUA